CUCCUACAACCUUGACAGCAACAUCUUUAGACUCGUCAGAAUUCACAUCGAUGCCUAUAAAAUGUAAAGAGCGCGAGCGGAUAGUCGCCUCGGGUCACGUCGGUGUCCCAGCACUGCCUGUGAGUGCUGUUAGAGGGUUCACUUGCUUCCGAUGCUUCAGUCCACCUCCAGGAAAGCUCUACAGAUGUUUAGGGUGCAAGCGAGCAGGCUACUGCUCCAAGGAAUGUCAGAAGCUCGACUGGGCAUAUCUACAUAAGAAGCUUUGUAAGCCUUUGAGAGAAGCCAAUCAGUGCGAGCUGGACUUUUAUCAAGACAAAAGAAGCUGGGAGCAAUACAGCAACGACCAGAUGAAGAUCGUACGCCAGGUCUCUGCUGCUGCCGGCCACGCUGAUGCAUACAACAUUGUCCAAGGUCAGCCUUACUGUAUCAAUUGUCAUCGGAGCGGCAUACAACUAGCUCAGCUUGAUAUCGCUUUGGAUGCGUGUGCUGAUUGCCGAUUGGUCUCAUCGUGCAACAAGUGCCAGGCUACCCACCCUCAAUCUGUGUGUGAUGCCUACAAAGCAUUCUACAACCUAGAACAGUUCAGAAUCAGCCUAUUUGAAGACGUUGGAGAUACCUCUGUGAUAACAUGUACAGAACCCCCUCGAACCACACAUAAAUUAUUGAAAACAUGUUCCGGGUGGUACGACUACUACGUAAACAUAUCUGACAAAGGCGAGAUCAGGGACUCCAUCACCCCUGACUUCAGCAGACUCACAGCCGCUACAUGCAAUCUCUCUCCAGAGCAGCACGAAUUCGAGGAGCGCAGACGCAUGUUUCUUAUCCAAGCAUCUGACAACCUAACCAUGCCCCUUACCAUCGUCGCUGCGCUCGAAGACCUCUCCCUGACCACAAAGACCUCCCUAAGCAUCCAUCUCCUCGGCGCCACAGGCCGCGAAUUCCUUGCCAUCAACACCUACGAAGAAAUCCUACAUCUCCUCCCCGCACUCAACUCGCUAUCAAUCACCGCCAUCGGGCCCGCUGCAUGGCUCAACAACGCCGCUACAUCUGGCUUCCAACCAAUGGGCGCCCUCCCUUGCUGCGACACCUGCCGCGCGCAGUCCCGCCAGCGCUCGCUGUCGUCGUACAAGGGCCUCUACCACGACUUUGCAAGCACAACCUCUUAUUCCCUGCCGGAUCUCGUCGUCGCGUUCAACAGCGGUCAUGUCGACGGCGACGACGCGGACACUGCGUGGAGAGAUACCAUAAAAAUGAUCAUUGAGAGCGGCUGUCCGGCGCUAUUCACGACGUAUAACGCCCGUGAGGCGCGCAGUGAGCAGGCGCUAUUGCACCUGCUGGGCGCACGCUUUGUUGUUGCACCAGAGGAGAACGUGUGGAGGGGCAUGGCGCCGCAGCCAGAGUUCUUGGAUCGUGAGUUUGAGAUGUGGGUGCAGAAUUCUUGGCGAUAUAUCAUCCAGGGGAGGGAGUGACCUGAGAGUCGUGUCUGGUGUUACGAUGGGGAGAGUGCUAUAUGUAGUUUUGUGUACAGAGGGAUAAUGCCCCUCUUUUCUUCUGUUCCUACUAUCACUGUUGGUCAGUAUGACAGACCUUGAGUGAUGUCUUGCAACCUCGAGCUUAUGAUCUCUGUAUACAACAAAUUCUCCCGUUGUCUCUUCUCUUCUCUGGGUGGGUAAACACCGAUAGACUGAUGUGCUCUGACCUGAGUGCCGGCGGGCGAGUUUUGUG